AUGUCAAACAGUGCAAGCGCCUCAAGCUCCGGUGCAGCCGUGAUCGGUGCGUCCUCUUCGCCUUUGCCCGCUCUCACCGGCAUCCCAUUCGCCGUGGUCAACACUGUGCCCUGUACAUCCUGCAUUAAACGCGCUUGCACCGACCGAUGUCGAUACCGAAACGACGACCAACCCUCUUCGACCCCGGCUUCUUCUUCCUCGCUCCCCAACGCCUCGAAUGUUACUUCGUCCGUUGUACAAAACGGUCCUGGUCCUAAUGCACUGUCCGGAGGCUACCAUUCUGCUCUCGGCGCACCCAACCCCUCCAGCCACCUCCCGACGGCGUCGUCCGCAGCAGCAGGAAACAAUGCAGGAUUCCAUCCGCACCCUCUAGCGGCUGCUGCACAAAGUGCCCUUGCUGCAGAACAUCAGCACAGCCCGCAACCGAGUCUGCACGCCAAUGGUGCAGGAGGCAGCCGAGAUCGUUCACCGUACGCCGUUCGAAGCCCUCCACCGCCCAGUUCUUCUCAUUCAAACGCAAGUUUGAGCCAGCUGGCAACAGGGAGUGCAGCCUCUUCGGCUGCAGAGGUGCUGACCCGCUUGGCAACCUCUGAAGACCGACUGAACAGCUACGCACGCUCGCACAGUCAUAGCUUCAGCCACGGACAUAGUCUGAGUGCUGGAGGAGGCGCAAGUAGCACCAGUUUUGGCCAUGGGCACAGUCUCAGCCAUGGAUCCAUUGGCAGUCUUGCCAGCGCCAGCGCACAAAGGGAACGAGACCGAGAAUCUGGAUUACGAGAAUCUGGACUAGGAGCACCGGCUGGUGCAGGAGGAUUGGCGACGACGCUCACGCCCAUCACGCCUUCCCAUCCAUCCUCCCUCCAUCACUAUGCGGUCUCGUCUGGCGCAUCUGGAUCAGGGCCGUACCACCACCAUCACUCGGGAUCAAUCUCCUCGCAACAUGCACCAGAGAUUUCUCAUCAACGUUCCUCAUCCCGUCACUCACCUCCUCAACAUCAUUUGCUUACGCCGUCGUAUGAAUACGGCUCGAGUCCGUCGUAUCAUCACCCACCGUCGGCCGAGCGUGAAAGAGGAGAUGGACCAGAACGAGAUGGACCCGGACAUCGACCUCGACAGCUGAGCGUUUCCAAUCUGGCACGACCUGGAACAGCCGGCACUCCGCAGACGGCAACGGCAUCUCCUGGACAAUAUGGGUCUUCUCCCAAUCAGUUUGGAUUCGGUGGACGAGAUGAACGGUCACAAACGAAUGGUAGAACGAGCUCGUAUACGCACAAAAUGCCCACCCCACCUGGGUCGAGUUCGAGCACGGCGACAGCACCGGCGAGUGCGAACCAGACAAAGUUGCCUGAAAUCUCCAACAUUCUCACUCUACUUUCCCCAGCACCGUCAGGAGAAAGUGGUGGUCCAAAUGGGAGUGCAAAGUCCCCUCACGCAUUCCCGACACCCGUCUCUGGCGUUGUCAGCGCUGGACAUUCUCUCCUGAGUCUCGGUGGCUCAUCUUCGAUCCAGCAUCUUCAAUCUGACGUCCGAGGCUCGUCUCACAGUGCGACGCAUCAGCAUCGCCCGACGCUUAGCGGGAGUGGGUUCCCUUCGUUUAUUGGGAGUGCAAAUGGUAGCCGACGUGGGAGCGCGGAUAAUGGGAAUACAGACAACGGUAGCAAUAAUAAGCAGUCCGACCCAAUGUCGCCGACUAUGGCUGUCGAUGUAGACGUCAAGGAACCUCUCCCGACGCUUUCCCCGCCUCAUUCUCGUUCCAACUCUGGCAUCCGCCCAUCAAACCAGCCUCCCCCGCCGUCGGCAGUGACUAGCACGACCAGCACGACCCAAAUGGUUGGAGACAUCAAAACUCAGACGCCCAUGCAACAAACGAAGCACGAGACUAUUGCAGAGCACGAUUCGAGAUCUGAAGAGGAGAUGGAGGUGGACGAGAUUGACAACGAUUCGAAUCCAUGA